AUGUACUUCCGCACGUUCCUUGCGCUCCUCGCGGCGCCGCUGGUGGUGCUCGCGCAGGACCCUAAUGCUUUCAUUAUCCCGGACGAGGGCAUUGCGGCGCAAGGUGGUGAGCCGUUGACGUUGGAGUGGAAGCCCUCGACGCAGGGGACCGUGACUUUGAUUCUGCGGAGCGGGAGCUCGAACGAUCUUAAUGAGGGCACUGUUAUCGCUGACAGCAUCGACAACUCCGGCUCCUACACCUGGACGCCCUCCAACAAGCUGACGCGCGGGUCCGACUACACCGUUGAAAUCGUCUCCGACAGCGACCCGAGCGUGACCAACUACACUCCAUACUUCGUCCUCGAUACCGACAACACCGUCGCUUCCACCACGCCCACCGUCACGCUCGGCGCGUCCAGUACAUCGAUCGAGUCGCAGACGGGCGUCACCACUUUGACGGACAAGAGUACCGAGAGCAGCGCGGCUUCGCCGACGGAGACGGAAACGGAGACGAAUACCUCCGUUGUAACGACCAAGACCAAGACUACGCCGACUGGUGGGAUGAGCACGGGGAUGUCCUCCUCUUCUUCUGGAAUGAUGACCGGCACCAUGUCCUCAACCGGCGCAGGAUUUCAGGGCACCGCCGCCGGUGCCUCUAGCGUCACGCCUGCCUCGGACAACGCUGGUGCUCGCGCGACGGCGAUGGCGGGUAUGUUGGGUGUGGUUGCGCUGGGUGCUAUGGCCUUGUAA